CCGGCUCCGUUAGGGUUCUCCACCACUCCCAUUUCUCUCUCUAAAUCCUCCAUUUUUCUUGUUUGUUUCUCUCUCUAUGUUCUUCUCUCAGCUUCCUUCUUCCGAUUCUCUCGAACUCCAAUUUCUCGUCCUCUGAUUCGGAUUCUGCUGUUGAUUUUGCUGUUUCCAUCCAAUUUGUAGCUCUUCCUGUUGAUGUUGACAAUGCCUGCCACCGAUUUCCAGGGUUCUUCGUCGCCGUUAACCAGCAUUGGGCGUUCGAUUUUCAGUCUCCGGCGUGAUCAGGUUCAUUCCAUGGAGGGCGGCUCCCACGAGGGCGUGCCGUUCGAUUCGGAGCUCGAUUCGAGACCGUAGGGCUUUGGGGCAUUUCCGGUCGCUUUCAUGGAGCGUUUCGCGUUCGUGGUCUGCGGCGAGGCAGCUUCAGGCAAUUGGGGGCAAUUUGACCGCUCCGAGAGCGAAUGAGAUGGUGGCUACCAAUGGCCUUGCGGUCCCUAUUUUUACGAUGAACAUGGUUUUGUUGUUUGUAACGUGGACUCUGGUGGCGGCGAUUCCGUGCCAGGACCGCGGUUUACAUGUUCAUUUUUCGGUGCCCCGGCAGUUCCCAUGGGCGGCGCCUAUGCUUUCCCUUCACGAUCGGAUUUUAGAUGAGUCCAGAAGGCGGGAAAGAAGAAAUUCUUGUGGAUUGUUGAAGGAGAUUCAUCAGAUCGAUAAAUUUGCGCAAAUUAUGAAUGAAUUGGCCGAUACUGCACAGUUUCCAUUGGCGAAUGAUAAGGAAGAAGAGGUGAGGGAAAGAGUGCAGGAGCUGUCCCAGAUUUGUCAAACUAUGAAGGUUGGCUUGGAUCCUCUGGAACGGCAGAUUAGAGAGGUGUUCCAUCGAAUUGUACGCUCAAGAACUGAGGGGCUUGAUUGUUUAGGGCGAGGAAAUACCCCUGAAUAGAAAUUAUCAGAUUCUUGCAGAUUACAGGACAUCUUCAAAGUUGGCUUCGAGAAUUGUGAAAAGGAAUCCAUUCAAAAUUGUACGCGGAUGAAGAUAAAGCAUAGGAAUGGUUAACUUUCUGUGGCCAUGUAUGUUGGGCAUCUGUGGGUUGAUAAGAAGAAAGGAACAUAGCGAAAUUCGAAUCUGGGUUUGGGGAAGUGGGUGCAUUGACCCAUGGUUGGGAGGAAGGAUCAAGGGGAGUAUGAAAUUGACCUCGGUUUCUGCAUCCAUGUUGUGUAAAAAAAUAUUUAUGUUAGCAGAAGAAGCGAGCGCCCUGAGGCUAAGUCGAUUCUGAUUCUGAUGCUUCGCCGCUGGAACACAAGCUUUACAGUUCUUUUUCCGGACCUUACACCAAUGAAUGGAAAUCUCAGAUGGCAGUUUGACGCUAGCCUGUAGAGUGUACCAACCAUUUGAAGGUUCCAACUUCCAAGUGGUGCUAUUAAUAUUAUCAGCAACAGUCUAUUUUCAUUAUUGUGAUCGCAUUCACAUUAUAUUUUGAGUACAUUGUGAUUAGUCUUUAUUUCUUCUAGA